AUGUUUUACUACCCCACAGUUUUGAGGCGUCAUACAGGAUGUUUUUCUACAAUCUGGCUGGCUGCUACGAAAGGCAUCAAAGUUACUCGCAGGGAUUUCCUAAAAGUCAACGUGAAAAGCACCUGUGAUGACAUCAUGAACUACGUGCUGGAGCGAGUCCCACCACCUCAGCCUGGUCUGCCACGACCUCGCUUCUCCCUCUACCUCUCCUCCCAACUCCAGUAUGGCGUCAUCCUCGUCUACCACCGACAGUGUGCUAUUUUCCUGGAGGAACUUCAGUCCGUUUUGGGCAAGCUGGUGAAACAGAGAGUGUCCCAGAAAAUUGAUAUGGAUGAGCACGGCAGAAACAUUCUGGACUUCCCUGAUGCCGUGUCUCUCCUGGAGGAGACAGAAGGAGCUCCUGACCCUUUAUUCGGAGUGAUGUUCAUGGAGGAAGUCAUGCCCAGUCCCAACACACUGAUAGAGAGGGGCCAAAAGUAUCUGAGAAGCACCUCUCCGGAGCUUCCUCAACUGGCCAGUCCAUCGGCUGCGGCUGCGGCUGCGGCUGCACUAGAGAGCGCCAUAACUGCAUCUCCAGAAACCAUCACUCUGAGAGAGCGGGAGCCCAUCGCUAUCCCUGUUGCAGAGUUUGAGGGCGAGGAGCUGGUCGAUCAGCAUCCAGAUACUAUUGACAUCCUUAUGGCCCAGACAGAUGACUUUCCAGAAGGAAGAGAUUAUGAGAUGCAGACAGAAGGAGUGUCAGCGGGAGAUCAAGAGAGGGAGAUGGAACGGGACGGAGGAGAGGAAGACCUGGAGAGAAAGAGGACAAAAGAUCUCACAGUGUCCACUAUUGAAUCACAGCCCACCACUCUCUCCACUGAGGAUGUCACGUUGUCUCAGGGAGAGCUAGGCCUGUCCGUGGAGAAGCCUGGACCCCCCUCAGACCAGCACACCCCCGUCUCGGUGUCCAUCCCACCUUUACCAGCAGAGGAACGUCAAAGACCAACUCUGCAGUCAGAGGAUGAGCCUUCUCCAAAGGUGAAGACGAGGAGGAGGAAGAGGCAGCUGAUCUUCUUUGACCCGGAGACACAGAUCACACAGGAGGUGCAGCAGCUGCAGAUUAACAACCCUCUGAUCGAGACCAGACGUCCAUUUUUCCCACCACCUCCUUCUGAGAGGAUGCUCUCUGCUGCCGAGCUCCUCAACAAUCCCUGCACCCCCUUGCCUGAAGAGUUGCUGUUUCUAUGGAAACAGGCUGCGACCAUCAAGCCCAUCUCAGGGUCGGACCUGCGGGCCGGGGGGAGAGGGCCCGAGUCCACCGACUCUGAAAAGGAACGAGAGUGUGAGGCGGCUGAGGCAGCGGAGGGUCUUGACCCCACCCCCAAGGAGGUGUGAAAGGACGGGCCCAGAGAUGUGGCAGAACCAGAGAUGUAUGAAUUUUCAGAUCAUGGUUCACUGCUGCUGGAGGGCUCGGACCAGAGGGAGGGGCCUCGAAAGAGCUCCCCUAUGUACACAUCCGAGAAAGAAGGGUCCGUUGUCUCCAGGUCACUGCAGGACAUCCCAGAGGUGGUGGACGCGUUUCUGGAGAGAGCUGCAUCAGAGUUUCCUGGGCUGCCGGUGGAUAUUCCAGAGAAUAAAGAGGCGCCUUUGGUGUUUGCGUCUCUUCUGCCGCCAGACGUCGACCGCAGAACUGUCAGCGACACCUUUCUGAGGCUCCUGGAGAGUUUAACGACCAGGAAGGUACGUGCGGAGCAGGACGAGCCUUAUGGUGACAUAUUGAUAUUCCCUGGACCUAACUACGAAGAGGGGCGUCCGACAUUGUGA